UGCUGGGCGACAUUUCCGGAGCAAAGGCGUCUGAAAAGAAGAGUCGAGCGAGUUCCUCGGCUGCUCGUCCCAGCAAUCGCGGGAAUCAUGGCUACGGAUUGGCUCGGAAGCAUCGUCUCGAUCAAUUGUGGAGACAGCUUGGGAGUGUACCAGGGAAGAGUGUCUGCUGUGAAUCAAGCCAGCCAGACAAUUUCACUCACGCGACCUUUCCAUAACGGAGUCAAGUGUUUGGUGCCAGAGGUUACCUUCAGGGCUGGGGAUAUCACUGAGCUGAAGAUCCUGGAGAUUCCAGGCCUUGGCGAUAACGGACCAUGUGGAGACUUCCAGCACCCCGACCUUGGCAUUCCUGUUCUCGAGUGCCCGGGUGGUGCCAGUCAGAACGGCACUGGAAAAUUGCUGAGGAAGCCUACCAGUGCUCCGCAGAACAUCCCCAGGAGAACGGACGUGAAGGCCCAAGAGGCUGCUCUUUCUCCUCAGCUGCACCCCUGUUCGAAAAGCUACAUGGACCGACACAUGGAAUCCUUGAACCCCUCCAAAAACUUCCGCCGCAGGCACAACUCGUGGUCGUCCAGUAGCCGUCAUCCCAACCAAGCGACCCCCAAAAAGAGCGGCCUGAAGAACGGCCAGAUGAAGAGCAAGGACGACGAAUGCUUUGGAGACGACAUCGAAGAGAUCCCGGACACCGAUUUUGACUUCGAGGGCAACCUGGCCCUCUUCGACAAGGCCGCGGUAUUUGAAGAGAUAGAAACCUAUGAGAGGAAGGGCGGGACCCGCUCCCGGGGCACACCCAGCGAGAAGGCGGCCGCCCGCUACCGCCAUGACGAGAACAUCCUGGAGUCUGAGCCCAUCGUCUACCGGAGGAUCACCGUCCCCCAGGCGAGCAAAGAGUUCUGCACGGAUUCCGGCUUGGUCGUCCCGAGCGUCUCUUACGAGCUGCACAAAAAGCUGCUUUCCGUGGCCGAGAAGCAUGGCUUGACUCUUGAGCGGAGGUUGGAAAUGACAGGUGUGUGCGCCAGCCAGAUGGCCCUGAGUUUGCUCGGAGGACCCAACAGGCUGAACCCUAAAAACAUUCACCAGCGACCCAUCGUGGCCUUGUUGUGUGGCCCCCACGUGAAAGGGGCCCAGGGGAUCAGCUGUGGUCGGCACCUCUCCAAUCACGACGUCGACGUCAUUCUGUUCCUCCCCAAUUUCGUCAAGAUGCUGGAAUCGAUCACCAACGAGCUGACGCUCUUCAGCAAGACAGAAGGCCAGCAGGUGUCCAGCAUUAAAGAUCUUCCAGAGACGCCUGUUGACUUAGUCAUCAACUGCUUGGAUUGCCACGAGAACAUUUUCCUGAGGGAUCAGCCUUGGUACAAAGCUGCCGUAGACUGGGCCAACCAGAACAGAGCCCCCGUCCUGAGCUUGGACCCUCCGGUGAAUGAAAUGGAACAAGAAAUCGACGCCAAGUGGUCUCUGGCCCUGGGCCUGCCGUUGCCGCUGGGCGAGAGGGCCGGCCGGCUGUACCUGUGUGACAUCGGCAUCCCGCAGAAAGUGUUCCAGGAGGUGGGCAUCAAUUACCACUCGCCUUUCGGCUGCAAAUUUGUCAUCCCUCUGCACUCGACCUAAAGGAGAGGGAAGCCUGGCCUUGUCGUCCAGGGAGAAGACAAACCCAGUGGAUCCUGACCGUAUGGACACUUUUUGUGGAUGCCUUAAGAGGGGGGGGGGAAGUAUUUUUUUAAAAACUUCUGGCCGUGUUUCUUCUCCAAAGGAACACCGUCGCUGGCAGCAGGUCAAGAGAAAGCGCAAGGAUUCCCCUUCUUCGGAGCCAUCCGUGCCCCUGUGCCGUUGCCUAGAGGCAGCUCACGUUAAUGGUGGGACGAUGAGCAGGAAUGUCCUCUUUUAACGCCAGGGGCCUUGCUUUGCUUGGUUGCGUUACCUGACCAUUGUGAUUUUUCUUUCACACUUUUUUUGGGGGGUGGGGUUUUUUGCUGUUUUUCAGCGCUAGAGUGGGGGACAGGUUGCUUGGGGUGCCUACCUCGGCCUUCCACGAUCACCAAUGAAAUGACUGCCAUUCAGCUGGGCUCUUGCUAGUCCUCCUUUUCUUUCAAGCUCAAAGGUUCUUGGGCUUCCCGCGUUGAGGUCGCCAUCGGGUGGCGAUCGCUUGCCUCCAUUCCAGGGCCAGCCCUCGCUUCUUACUCACGGCUCAAACGAGCCAUUGCUUCUCCUGCUGUGGGCCCAUUGAGUGAUCGGUGCGUGUGUGGGUGUCGCGAAGGACACCUGGAGUGAUGGAGGAGCGGAGGGGAUCGUGCCGACUUUUAGGUUUCCACCGUUGCUCGCGUCCUGCCAUCUUACUGCGAAGGGCGCGCGCGGAUUAAUGGCUGUUCCUUUUCUGUGUGUGUGGUGUGCAUGGAGUGCGAGACUGCGUGCACAAGACCAAAAGAACUAGCUUUGUUGGGCCCAUGCCAUUCCCAUUGGACACAAAGGUCCAGGAAGAUUUAAGCGCUCGACCCGGGCACAAUGGUCUACUUCCCUUUAGAAUGGGCACACAGCGUGGUGCUCGUAUGGAGCGAUAGAACAGAUGCGAUGUUCUGUCAGUUAGUCCGGAACACCUUGUAAGAGGCAACUGGCUGGCAACAAUUAUGGUUCUGCACACUGAAAAGCCCAUGAAGCACUCUUUCUGUAGGCGUCGUCAUAGCUUGGCUCCUCUUCUGUUUCUCCCAUUUUUGUGGGGAAUUGUCUUACGAUGACUCUGUGAGGAACUGGGUCUUGUUGCCGUGUGUGUGUGUGUGUGUGUGUGUGUCUUGUUCCUGCAGUCCUUAGGCGCCGUCUAGAUUUCAGGGGCUCCAGGUUUUUAACGAAGUGGGAAGCUUCCAAGAAAUCCACCACCACGCUCAGCCUUUUCUCGUCUCCAAAGAUGCCGUGCAGAAUUCUCAUGAAUCACAUUGAUUAAACUGCAGUAAAAGCAGCUCGCUUGCCAAGUUGUGCUCAUUUCCAUUCGCUCCCCACGCAGGAAACAAGUGGCCUUUCUCUCCCCCCCACCCCCGGAACUGUCAGCCCGGACAGAAACCCACACAUUAAUUUAGACUUUAAAUUAAAAAAAGAAAAAAAACUCCCUUUUUACACUCUGUAAUCCCUUAAUUCGGGGUAGAAUUGCAGCAACUGGAAGAUGCUGAGAAUUUA